GCCAUUGCGGCCAUUGACCAAUGUCGGCAUCAGAAAGGAGCGACGGGGAUGAUCAGAGCGAAAAUAAAACACCACCAUGCCAAACGAUUAAUCGAUAUUGACUAGGAAGGCAUAAUACAACAAGAGACGAUGUGUCAUCGGCUCGGAGAUGUUAUGAAACUGUGCUGCGAGUUAUCUGCUGAUCAGCAGAUUCAGACCACGGUGAAGGGGUCUGGAAAGGGGGCAGCUGCAGCCGGAGGCUUGGCCUUCGCCGGAGGUCUGGUCGGGGGUCCUCUCGGAAUUGCGGUGGGUGGGGCUGUCGGAGGCCUGCUGGGCUGCUGGCUGACCAGCGGCCAGUUCAAACCUCUGCCACAGGUCAUCAUGGAGCUGAGUCCCCAGCAGCAGCAAAAGCUCUACGCCGAUAUGGUCGCCAUCCUCGGGGGCGUUCAUUGGACUGAUGUGGCCCAGCUCACGGCUCUUGUGAUGAGCAACAGCGGCCUGAAGCAGCAACUCACAGCUGCCCUUCUUGGCUUUAUCACCAAGGAGCUUCAGGCAAACGUGCAUUAUGUGGAUUAGUGUCUGCGGGUCCACUGCAUAUUGUGACUUGAAAAUAGUAUUGUGGCGUUGGACGGAUUGACAAAGGUUUUUACUUUAAAAACCUCUAAAGGCUUAGUUGGCCACAUGCGUGGACAGCACCUUUUAGCUCUUAUUUCCAAAAUUGUGUACACUACUGAAUUGGGGUCUUAUGGCCCUUAUGCAGACACAUAUACUGUCAUCUGGUGGUGUCAGAAGAGUAUGACAAUCAUUGGUACUUUAACUUUAUAACAUACAAUGGAAUUUGGAGGGGGAAAAAAAGUAAAAAUAAGAAUUAGCAUGUCACUAAACAUUAAGUACACGUUUGUUACUUAUGGACUAAGUACAUCAUAUAAACAGAUUAUUCUUAGUUUUUAAUUCUAAUUAGGGUCCAAUAAGCCCAAAUAGCAAAGAGAAAUUAAAAAAAAGCUUGUAAACAAACAGCUUGGGCCUUAAAAGGUUAAGAUGUAAAAAAAAUUUUUUUAAAAAUGCUAUUUGCAAUUGCUAGGCUUACUUGUUCAACAAUUUUUAUUUGGACCCUUCCCCAAUACAGAUAUACAAUGCUUUUAGUUAAAUUGAAAAUUGAUUAAAACGCUCUAGAACAGUGGUCCCCAAACUACGGGCCGCCGGCGUCCAAAAGUAAAACAAAAAAAAUAUAUAUAUUUUUUUAAAUAUAAUUUUUACAACAAGAAUUGUUUAAUCUGUCCUUUCUAGCCCUUCCAUCAAUCCAUUUCCUACCACUUGUUUUCUCAGGCAAAUCAUAUUGUCUGAAAAGGCAUUUUCCCAUCGAUAACGUGACGUCAUCAGCGGCAAUUGCACGCUCUUUCAGUCAAUUAGUGCACGAGGGGGAAAAAAAUUGGCGUAAUCGUUGUGGAAAUGUCUAAAAUAGACACAGAGUGUAGAGUUUUUAAACAUCAGUCGGGUCAAAAAGUUUGGGGACCCCUGCUCUAGAACAGUGAUUCUCAAGUACCAUCUCAAAAAACACCUGGCUUUCCAAGUACCACCACAAUGACCAACAUUGACAUACAGUUGCACAGUAGGUGUAAGUAUUAAUUAAAAACAAAGCAGACGUUCUAUUCGACAUGUAUAUUUGAUAUGUUUGGCCACUGUAACGUCACACACAGUUUGAACAGUAACACUGUUGUAAUAUUUCACUCAGUGAUUAUUUUGGCGUACUAUUAGAUGGAACCCACGACCACAGUUUUAGAAUCACCGCUUUGGAACUAAUGAGAACGUUAUGUAAAAGAUCAGGGAUGUUUAUAUGUUUUUUUUUUCAUUUAUUGUACUGAUUAUAAGCACUCAAUGACAUUUUCAUUUUACACUGCUGUAUACAGUAUAUGCACACAUAUUGUUGCUAGCGUAGAGUACAUAAAUAUGAACCAUUUUUGUAUGCAAAAAUAAAUAAAUAUGGAAAUGGUCAAUAUUUUAUCUAGCACUGGUCAUUUAUGUGAUUUCCACUUUAAGUAAAUACUUGAUUCAACAUCUGAGAAAUUGUGGCUGGCGUGUGAAUGCUUCUGUAUAUUUAUUUGUAUUUAUUAUGGAUCAUUUUGACUAUCUUUAUAAGAGGAAAGGUGUGUUCAAAUAAGGCAAUUAACUGUCUCGCAAUUUACUAUAGGAUAGACUAUCUCACAAUGGGAAUACUGUGGUUGCAGUGCAGAUUUUAAUUACAGUAAAAAAUAAAAAAAAAAGUAUAACAAUGGAAAACUGAAAAUGAGUAAUAACAAUUGCCACAUUUAUAUAUAUAUAUAUAUACAUAUACACACAUAUGUAUAUACUGUACACUAAUUGAUUGCACAAAUUUAUAAAUAACAGACAUGUACUAUGCUGAGCUGAAUUAAGACAUCCUUGCUGUAAGAGUGGGCAUUUGUUUUCUUCAGACUCUGUUAGAAUAAUUAUGUAUAUAUUAUCACACAACUCUUAUGCUUAAGGGCCGUUACUAUAGUUAUCAGUUGUGGUGAAAUUGUAUUUAUCUUUGUCUGUACAAAGCUUGCAAUCCAUAAGAUUGCAAGCCAGUCUCGUAUCAGUGUUUGUUUCCAGAAUCGGCCUGCUGACUGCCAAGGCCGAACAUCGAGUACCGUGACGCAGACAGAGCAGACAAGGCGAUAUCACGACUGUCAGCACAUUUGCAUUUUUGUAUCAUCAUAUGUUAUGUCUAACUGGAGCUGUCGAGAUUACCCCCUUCCCUCAGCGACAGCUUCAGUGAUGUAACCAGGGACCUCCCAAAUAAAUAGAGGAAGCACGUGGGCUGGACUUUUAGAACGUAAUUUGGAUCUGUAACUAGAGUACAACCAAAAAAACGUGUCUCCUCAAUUG